AUGUCUGCUACACUUGGUGAUUUUGAGAUUGAAGCAGAUUUACUCGACCCAAUUGAGACUACUACUACCAAUGUUGGCCAACAGCCAAAAAGUGCUCGUGGGACGCUGGAUGAAAGCAUACGGUCAACGUUGAAGAGAGAUGUUGAUAACAUACAUGCCCGAUUGCGGGAGGUAGUGUAUCCACACUUCCCCAUGGGAAUCUGGGCUGGCAGAGAGACGAAUUCGCAGAUAUAUAAGCAUAACACCGAUCUCUGGGCUCCGUUAGUAUUUGUGAUCCUGAACUCGCUUAUCAUGUCCAAUAGUCAGCACUCGCUAUUUUCUAGCGUUUUUGUGCUUAAUUGGGCUGUGAUAGCAGUAAUUGCGACUCAUAUCAAGCUUAUACAUACUGGUGAGUCCAUAUCGUGGCUUGCAUACGUGUCGAUGGGUGGAUAUUGUAUGUUUCCCCUUGUUUUAAAUUCUCUGCUGAACGUAGUUUGCUACCCUCUACUCUUAAGGCUGUUUUUGUCAGGAGCUUGGGAACUUAGGGUACUCUAUUUAGUACGGAUUUUUAGCAUUAUCCUCUUUUCAUUGUGGGCAUACGCUUCCAUAUGUGCCGUGUCGCGCUGCCAGGGGUUCGCAGAGAGAUAUCCUUUAGGUAUGUGUCUAUUUGGCUUGGGGAUAUUGUCUAUGACGCUAUCAAGCGCUCAUUGA